CUGGAAGGCGGAGAGAUCCUGAGAUCCACAGCCCCGCUGUCCAUAGUUCUGAAAACAGGCAUUCCAGGAGAGGAACCCCGACAGGACACGUCGACAAAAACCAACUCCAACAUCUGACUGCGACUCAGAAAUAUCAGCGACAUCUGGAGCGGGUUGUGCGCGUGACCGCGGGGUUUUCUGCACCUGACGUGACGAGAAAACGGGACCUGGAAUCCCCGAAGCCCCCCUCCCUUCACUGGCAAGUGUUCUUGGUCACUCUCUGCACCCAGUUCAGGACCUGUUGUAUCAGACCAUGGCAAGAAACUGCCAUGCCUCGUGUGUCCUCACCAUCAUGGUCCUCUUCACAUCUUUAUCCUUCCUUCAUCUCUCCACACCCAACCCAGUUUCUACGUUUGGAGAUUAUGACGACUCACCCAGAGAGGUUCUUCCCAGGCUUCCAGUUUAUGAAAACACCGAACGAACGCAGGAGAGACGGAAAAGAGCCUUGAGAGACCAAACUGAGCAAGAAGAGGAGCUCUUUAAAGAUGUAGAUCCCAAAAGACUAGCUGCUGUGUUACUGGAGGCUCUGAAUCACACACACAUGGAAAGAGAGAGGGAUGAAGAGAACUAUAACAGCAUGGAAGAAGAGACACAGACGGAGAGAGACGAGAUUCAAAAAGAAGAACCACACGGUGAGAGAGUGUCAAGAAACAGAGAAAGAGACGGGCAGAAAGAGCUGGAGCGGUUUAUUGCGUCACACGGCAAAGAACAGGAACGGGAGGAGGACGAGGAGAAGAAGAAAGCUCUGGAAGAGGAGGAGAAGAUAACUGAGAAGGUGACAAGCCACACCACAAGUCAGACGGUCCAAAUUCAAACAAAGCAGCAGCCAAAUGGAUCAGACGGAACAGCAGAGAGCGGUGCUGCUAACCAGCAGGGAUCAUCCAACCCCGAGCAAAGCAGCUACGAAGAGGAGGAGCAGCUCAAUCCUGAGGAGCUGAAGAGUCUGGAGACCGUGAUGAAGGAGUUUCCACGUCUUAACAGUAAAAGAGAUGGUGCUUUGGAGGAGCAGCAGAGAAACACUAGAGGUUACAGCAGCUACAACGACAUCAUUCCGAUAAAUAAGGGCAGUGACCUCGCCAUGACCAAGAAAAAAUUAAAAUGGCAGGAAGAAACACAGAAAGCAGUGUACUUCCCAACAUUUACCCGAGGCAAUUCUGUAGAGGAAUCAGAGGACGGCAACUAUAUUAGCAAAGCAACCCAGCCCCCGACUCCAACUGAACAGAAAGGGGUGCAAGACGAUUACACAGACGAGGAAGAGGAGGAGGAAUUGCUCAGCCCAGAGGAGGAGGAAGCCCGAGCCAAAGUGGAGCAGGAGGAGAUGAUGAGGCAGGCAGCAGAGGCACAAAAAGCCAAAAUGGAAGAGGAAAAGCUGGCUGACAUCGCCUCAGACAUGUUGCUGAGCUACAUGGGUAAACAAAAUAAAGGUGACAAGAAGCACAGCUUGUCUAUGUCAAAUGCGGCAGAGGAUAAGAGAUCGGAUGAGGAAGUGACAGAGGAGGACGACCUUGACCCUCAGACCAUUGACAAGUUGAUCGAGAUUUCCAGUAAAUUGCACCUCCCCGCUGAUGACGUCGUGGACAUAAUCACUGAUGUUGAGAAGAAGAAGAAGAAAGAUGUGCCACCUGAGAUGGCAUCUGUUCGGCAGCAUACCUCAGCGCCACUGUCUCCUUCUUUUCAUUCCGGUUGGCAAGUUUCGUCAAAUCAAAACAGCUUUCCGGUCUCGAAGCAACCGUCUCCAGCUGUAAAUAUCCUAAAAACCUGGUUUCAAGACCAAAACACGCCAAAAUCAGACGUUUCCCAAAAGAAACUUCCUAAACCUUUGCUACCAUAUAAUUUUUCACCCAAACCUGAAAAGCCCUUUCCGGUGAAACAGGAGCGCUGGUUCAAGUUACCGAAGUCUGUCUGGACUGGCUACUCCUUGUAUCCCUACUCCUACUCCACCUACCACCAAAGGAAACCCAUCGUGGGUUACUAUCCUUUCUACUUUCCUCCCAUGCCAAGACCUAAAUCCCAUUACUACCGGCCUAAACCUCCUCUAACACACAACAAUUACUUUGGUAAUUCUGUGGAAGAUCCGUACAUUUUCCCUCCAAGAAGGCGCUAUCAAAGCUGGGUCCAACCUCAGCUGAGAAAAUCACCUGCCGCCCUUCAGCCUAAGUCUUUCUACUCCAGCUACUACCCACGUCCUUACUCCCAGCCAUUUCAGCAAAUACCUCCAUCCCAAGCCAAUUCCCCUCCUCAGACAGCUGCUCAACGUAAGCAGUUUCUGAUCUCCGCUCUGGAACCCACAGCAUCAAAAAACAAAGACUAUCAUAAGGGUGCAAAACAGCCAGACAGCAGUAUCCACGACGAUGUGGAGAAAUACAUCCAGCAGAUUCUCAUGAACAGAGCACAGAGGCUGGACUGAAAUGGAAGUAAAUAAACAUUAAUGCAAGAUUCCGACAUCUUAAAGAUGAAUCAGCAGAAAGCUAUAUUUCUUUGAGAUGUUUUUGCAUUAUGUUUUUUCUAAAGGGGCAGUAUUAUGUAAAAUCAACAUUUUUGGCUUUGUUAUAAUGUUAUUUCCUCAUCAUAACCAUACCUGGAGUGUUUCUUUGUUUUUUUUAUGCAUGUUUGAGAAAUCCUUGAAUCUCCCGUGGCAACCAUUCUGGUUUGUAAAAUGUUUAGGGAACCGAGUGCCAUUUCCACACACAGCUAAUCCUCAGAGCAGGUUCCAAGCCGAGCUUCUGCUCCUUCAAACUAGCAGCAGCAGCAAUUAGCAAGCACCUGGUGGAACUGUGCAUCUCCUGAGCUCAUUAUAUGAACCGUUUCUCAGCCCAGUGCUGUGAUGAACGUUUGUAAGGGCUUAAUAGUGAAGCGUAGUUGUUAUGAUUUCCUGGGAGUCAGAAAGAGCACACAUUUCUUAAAGUGACAGAGGCUCAAUUUCAAAGAGCUAAAUUGCAAAAUCAAAUUUCUUUUAAGCCAUGUUUGAUUUAUAUGUAGAUUUUUUUUAACAACUGAAGGUAAUAGUUACUUGAUUGUGCAUCAAAAUGUGUCUGGAAAACAUAUAAUACUGCCCCUUAACAUUUGUUCCAAGUUUUGUCUUUCUGUUAGAAUUGGUUGAGAUGUGAACACGGCCAUGUUCUGAAUCCCAAUGUAAAGACGUUGGAUGGAGCCGAGAGGACCAUGAUGAAUCUAGUCUGUUGGUCCAGCCACUCUUAAAUUCCAGCAUGAAAACUUUCUUAAUAUUGACAUUCCUGCAUUAGAAAAUUGGGGUAAAAAUGAAGGGGAUGAACCAUGUGAUCUUGAGGCCCAUUUGACAAAGUUAAUUAAACUGUUCACAUAAGUAUGUGGCUCCAAAUGGAUGAAGCUGGGCACAGUUUCUAAUAUCUGCCACCACUGUCACUAUUGUGGUUGUGUAGUUGCCUCCACAUUUUAACUUGUUGUGGAGGCUUCGUCUGCAUGGCAGAUUAGGAGCUCUGAUCUCCCAAUUUGAAGAUUUUCUUCUUUUUUUUUCAUAACAGUGAAUGAAAAUACUACACUCUUCACCCUAUCGCUGCAUUUGUCAAGGUUUUACAUUGGAAAAAUAUAGUUUCACAUGAACCCCAGACUCAUUGUAUGCAGAUUACAAGAUGUGGCCAAGCCUUUAAACUUCUAGUAGUCAAAAAUAACAAAAGAUAAAACUUUUAAUAUAAAAUCCCCGUCAAACAAAUCUACCCCAUGGUGCCCUUCACAACAGUAAUGUGACGCAACUAUAUUUUCUGUGAGUUGAUAGCUAAGUGGAAAGGAGCACAAAAACACUCUUUCUAGUUCUGUGUCAGUUUAUUGACGUGUGUGUGUCCUGCUGCCCAUAAAAUCUCACCAGAAAAAACAAACUUAUUGGUCAACUCAGAGCAGUGGUGGUUUCUGAUAUGGGCGACACAUGUAACCGACCAUUGCGGCAUCUUGUGUCAACAACUUGGUGAAGGGGGCUGGCGCCGAAAAGGUGGUGCCGUCCAAGGCGCCAAAGAGGGUAGGACCGCCUCUGACUCACAGACAGCAAGAUCCUGAAAUAAAGGCAAAGUCGUAGUUUCCCCUCUGGUGUUACUUCACAGCUGACACAAGAUGUCUGCUGUGAAGACACGGUCGCUUUGUUUUUCUCCAGAUGUGGGAACAUACAUCUUUGUUUUUCUUGUCCAAAUAUGUUAACCUUUGUUUGUUUCAGAUGCUUUACGAUUAUUUUGAAUGUUCAGAUGCUGCUCUAAAACCUAAGCAGUGCUGUAUUAUGUUUUUAAAGAGAGAAUAUUUAAUCCUAUUCAUUUUAAAUAAGAUUUUAAACAAAUUCCAGUUUAGUAGGCACGUUUGGCUCAAUUAGGAGUAAGUUUGACUCCAAACUUAUUGAGAUUUAAGAUAUUCCAUCAAAAACUGGGCAGAGUUUUUAAAAAAAGAAUCUAAAAUAUCUUGAUUUUUGAGAUAGAUAUUAAAUAGAUAUUGUUUUGUCUCCUUAACAACAAACUUGAAAAGCACACUUUCAUGAAAAAUUCUUAUUAAUAAAAUAUCGUACAACAUUGUAGAGU